UCGCACAUUGUAAGAUCACACGUAAAAAGGUGUCCGACAAUGGCGGCUAACAAAAUGGUGAAAGAUGCAAAUAAGUUUCUGUUGGAUGCGGCGGGCAAUGAAUCAGUUGAAGGCGUCAACGCAGCAUUGGAAGCUGGUGCAGACAUUGACUUUGAUCAGCUGACCAACUGGAGCCCAGGCGAGGACACAAGUCUACCACCAUGCACAGCAUUGUUCAUCGCUUGCCUCAGCGGACAUGUAGAUGUAGUUAAGCUGCUGCUCCGCAAGGGGGCGUCUGUGGUAGGGAGAACCUCGGGUACAAAGGUCCCCCUUCACGGCGCAGCGGCCAAUGGGAGGACAGAAGUGGUGGAACUGCUGGUGCGUCAUGGUGCAACAUUAGACGUACGGGACGGCUUCAAGAACACACCACUCAUGUAUGCCGCUGCCAGCAACCAUGUCGACACAGUUCGGCGACUGAUUGAGCUUGGAGCGAGACCUGAUAUAACCGGCGGGUAUAUAGCCCAGAGGUUGUGGAAAGAAGUCGAAAACCCUGACACUGUGGAAGAGAGUGUAAAGCUGAUACAUGAGGCGAGGAAGACCAAGCUGUUGAGAUGCUGCAACCCUAAGUGUGGCAAACCAGGCUACAGGAAAACCCUGAAGUUGUGUGGCCGGUGCAAGCUGACCCGCUACUGCAGCCGUGACUGUCAGACACAACACUGGUCUGUCGGACACAAGAAGUGCUGUGGGCAUGACGUGUACACUGACGAUCGACCAGACCCCUUCCAAUCGGUGCAAAAAUUGCUAAUGUACAUUAAUGAACAUGAACAAAAAACAUGACUCUCGUAUAAAACAUUCUAUAUGAAUCAUUAUUGACCACACGAUACCGCUACAGCCGUAUCAAAUGUUUCACAGAGUAGCAAGUUGCAUGGUACGUAACCUGAACCAUAUAGACUACUAUUUCUGUCUAAGGAUAUGAUUCUGGUGUCCUUGUAAAGAAAAUAACGCCCAAAGUUCAUGUCAGCUAUGCCAUUGCUGUUUGCACUGAGUAGCCAAGUAGUCAGGCUUAUGAAGUAGUCAUUAUCCCUGUGCUAAGAAGAUCACUUUUUAUAUUUUUAGUUGGAUUUAUAGAUUAUUGAACUAACAUAAACAUGUCUCAUAGAUAUAAUAAGUUUUCUACUUUUGCUUAUCUCUUUUCUUGAAACUGUCAGUUUUACAAGUAGCCAAAUAAACUUUCAUUUCAUGCAA